GGUCAAGUUUGAAGAUGAAAAACAUCGAAAAGGCCAAAAACAAAAUUUUCGUCAGGAAAUACAUCUCAGACGGCCAGUCGGCCAUUUUCGGAGCUCUCUCUGCACAGCUCUGAACAAUGAACUGCACAUGGAGCUAGUGAAGAAUCUUCUAUAGAUCACAAACAUUCCUUGAAAACGACUGCGGGUUCUCAGACCCCAAUAUGAUGAUUGUGCAGGAAGUUUGGGUGGCCCUCGUUCCGCUCCAAACCGGCAACGCUUGCUUUAUUCAAUAGUCGGAAUCGUUGUAUAUUAGUCCAAUAGUGAGGAAAAAAGUUACGAGGAGCUGAAGAAAAGAGGUCAUGUGGGUGGUCGUUGCUAAAAUUCUUUGAUAAUUUCAGUCUUGCUAAGAGCUGGGUUUUGGAGGAACAGAGGGAAAGGAGAUGGGAGCAGCUGGUGGAGAGGAGCUAAUUCAAGGACCGAGUGGCCGUCAUGAGAAAAUAUUUGUUUCAGUUCGGCUGAGGCCAUUGAAUGAGAAGGAGAUUGUGAGGAAUGAUGUGUCCGAGUGGGAAUGCAUCAAUGACAACACUAUCAUAUACAGGAAUAACCUUUCAGUUUCUGAGCGGUCCAUGUACCCAACUGCCUAUACAUUUGACAGAGUAUUUAGGAGUGAUUGCCACACAAGGCAGGUAUACGAAGAAGGAGCCAAGGAAGUUGCACUUGUAGUUGUCAGCGGCAUAAACUCAAGUAUUUUUGCUUACGGACAAACAAGCAGUGGAAAGACGUAUACCAUGAGUGGAAUUACUGAGUACACUGUAGCGGAUAUAUAUGACCACAUAGGAAAGCACAAUGAAAGAGACUUUCUCUUGAAGUUCUCUGCCAUGGAGAUUUACAAUGAAUCUGUCAGGGACCUCCUAAGUGCAGACGGUACCCCAUUAAGACUUCUUGAUGAUCCAGAGAGAGGGACUAUUGUUGAGAGACUCACAGAGGAAACUCUGAGGGACUGGAACCAUUUUAAAGAACUUCUAUCGCUCUGUGAAGCUCAAAGACAAAUUGGGGAGACAUUCCUGAAUGAAGCAAGCUCUAGAUCUCAUCAGAUUCUCAGACUGACAAUUGAAAGUUCAGCGCGCGAGUUUCUUGGCAACGAUAAGUCAAGCUCCCUUACAGCUACUGUGAAUUUUGUUGACCUUGCCGGAAGUGAGCGUGCAUCUCAGUCAUUAGCAGCUGGCACAAGAUUGAAAGAAGGCUGCCACAUAAAUCGCAGCUUGUUAACUCUGGGAACUGUUAUCCGUAAGCUCAGUAAGGGAAGAAAUGGACAUGUUCCUUUUAGAGAUUCGAAGCUGACCCGCAUACUGCAGUCCUCUUUAGGAGGCAAUGCUAGAACUGCAAUCAUCUGUACCAUGAGUCCUGCACGAAGUCAUGUUGAGCAAUCAAGAAACACUCUCUUGUUCGCAAGUUGUGCUAAAGAAGUGUCGACAAAUGCACAGGUCAAUGUAGUAAUGUCUGACAAAGCAUUGGUAAAGCAUUUACAGAGAGAAUUGGCUAGAUUGGAGGGUGAAUUGAGAAGUUCAGGACCAACUUCUAUUAUAUCUGAUUCAGCAGCAUUAUUCAGAGAAAAGGACCUUCAGAUUGAAAAGCUGAAGAAAGAGAUAAAGGAGCUGACUCUGCAACUAGAUCUUGCUCAAUCUCAGGUUAAGGACCUCCUCCGACUGGUUGGUGAUGAUGGACCUACAAUAGUACUGGCCGAACAAGAUCAUCAUUACCCCAAAAUGCGAGUCCGAACCUCAUGGGACUUUGAAAAUCAAAUAUCUGCGACACCCAUUUUGGCAGAUCCUCAGUGCCUUGAUGAUGUUGGUGUCAGAUCUUUUGAUGCAUCUCAAUACUCGGAUGGACACAGCAGUGGUAGUUCUGAUGACAACUUAUUCCAACUUCCUAACUUCAAACAUAAUUUUUCGCCGAACCAUUCCUCACCUCGCUUAUCAGUUACUAUUCCUAAUUUUGAUGGAAACGAUGAGUACCAAGAGGAGACUGAAGAACAAACCGAUGAAAAGUCGGAGGAUCUUUGCAGGGAGGUUCGAUGCAUUGAGAUAGAAGAGCCAAGAAGAAACAGAUAUUUAGAGUCAAAUAUGUCAGAUUCAAGCCCUAACAGAUACACAAACAAAAACAUUUUUUGUUCAAGCCCGAAUGGGUACGCAAACUCAAACAUAUCAUUGCCUGUAUCAAACAUAGCUAACUCAGAAGUAACACUGGUUAAGAAUGGAGAUAAAGCAAAUCAAGUGUUCGUAUCACCCCAGUUGAAGGAAGAUAAAGAGUUGAAUAGCUUUAUUACAAAUUUCGUUGAAAAGCCAUCUCCAUGGGCAAUGGAAUAUGAUAUACCUAGCUCUGGAUCGGUGAGAUUAACUCGGAGUAGAAGUUGUAAAGCAAGUCUUAUGACUAGUUUGUCUCCACCUUUGUUUGAGAAGGAAGAAAAGCACAAGAGCACUCCACCAAUUGUGUUUGAGAAAGAAUUCACUGGAAGACCCGAGGGUCUUCAAAUGAAACUUUCUACCUUGAAAUAUGAAGCUAUCAUAGACAGGUUAUCAAGAAGUAAUUCUCAUACUUCAGCAGAAACUUCUACUAUUGAUGAGCUUAAAGUGCAGGAUGCCAAAAGUUCAAUUGAUGAAGAUGGUACUGGCAGAUGUACUUCGACUGCAGGGAUAGAUGAAAUGGCUGAUCUUCAUUGUGAGAAUCAGCAUGCUGAUCAUGUGGUACCAGAGAUAGAACCAAAGUCCAUAGCUUCUACAAAGAGUGUGAAAGAUGUCGGUUUGGAUCCAUUGCAAGAUGAUACAGGAAGUCCUUCAAAAUGGCCUUCUGAAUUCAAGAGGCUCCAAGGCGAGAUUAUUGAACUUUGGCAAGCUUGCAACAUUUCAUUGGUUCACAGGACCUACUUCUUCCUGCUAUUUAAAGGUGACCCAACAGAUUCUAUUUACUUGGAAGUAGAGCUCAGGAGGCUCUCCUUCCUCCAGGAAAUCUUUUCCCGAGGUUCUCAAACUGUCGAAGAUGGUCAAACUCUGACACCCACUUCAAGCAUGAAGGCUCUGCGACGUGAGAGGCAGAUGCUGAGCAGGCAAAUGCAGAAGAGGCUCUCUAAACAAGAUAGGCAGAACCUCUUCCUCAAGUGGGGUAUUGGAUUGAACACAAAGCAUAGGAGGUUACAAUUGGUGCACUGCCUGUGGACCGACACAAGAGACAUGGACCAUAUUGCAGCGAGUGCUGGUGUUGUUUCAAAGCUGGUUGGUUCUGUUGAGCCAGGGCAUGCUUUCAAGGAGAUGUUUGGUCUCAACUUUACACCCCGGAGAUAGCCGUAGAUCUCUUCUUUGGAAACCCAAUAUGAAGUAUCGCCUGUAAGCUUGUUUUGUGGAUCUCGAUACAGAAAAUUUGUGCGGAUAUGUGAUGAUUCCUACAGCUCCAUUUUCUAUAUAGUUGAUUGAGUUCAUCACAACUCUGCUCUAUAUUUUGUGACUCUGAUUGCUGUUGAUUGUAAGAAAGGUUGUAAAUCUGCUCAGGUUAGAUAUAUGCGUAGUUGUGGUGCUUAUGCUUUCCUCGUUUCUUGUACCCUUCUCAGUCCUACAGGCUUCUGCUUGUUCGAGGCUUUUUAUCAGGCUUUGUUAGACCAUUCAUUGGUAGGUUUGUGCACCUUCUUUAGAUAGGGGAAAUGCUAGCUGCUUGUGCUGGACGUGUAUUGUGUAUCUUCCAUCAUGUCUACUGUAAUUUUUCCCUGUUAAUAUAUUUCUUUUAACUU